AUGAACUCAAAAGCCAGGGCCCAGUACCAAGACAUGUUUUCAAUGGUAAACUGGAAAGCUCUUAAUACAGUGCAGAAGAAACAGCACACACUGUCAAAUUGUGGAGGUUGUCAAGGGCACUAUUAUGCCAUCCAUAAUAUUUUCCACAGGAGAGAAACUUUCAAAACCCGAAAACUUUUAAAAGAGGUCCUUAUUGAAAGUGGGGUGAAGACACAAAGUAAAGUGAAACCAACGCAAAAAGUCAUUAAAACUGCUGUAAAACAUAUUUAUUCAAAAGUGAAUGGCCACUUUGAGAAAAUAUUUAAAGUAAGCUUUGCUGAAGCACAUACAAAAGUGAAGAAACUUCAGCUCCAAAAAAAGAAAGACGCAGUUAAGAAAAAGCGGCAGCGUCGAGAGAGAGCACGCCAAGAAAAAAGUAAAAUCCAAUGCUAAUGUCUAAUCCAUCUGGAGGAGGAGUAAUGUUUCUAAUUACUUUGCAGUAAUUUGCAUGCCAGACAAUGAGAUCAACAAUUUUCACCUUUACUUGUGUUGCAAUCUAGUAUUUAUUUAAGCACACUCUCUAUAAUAUAUUUGCCUUCAUUUUCCAGUUUUUUAAAAGGAAUGCAAGUACCAAAUAUUCCACUGUAAACUUAAUCAAUCAUACUGAACUUCUUCCAACCAAUGGAGAGAAUAUAAUACUGGGAGAAGGAUCCUAUGGUCGAUGCCUUCUGAGACAGUACACACGAUUUGAUAUAAAGGUUGUGGAAAAACAGUCUCUGAUGCAGGACACCACAGAGAUAAUGAAAGAGGCUCACAUUAUGCAGGCAUUCCCACAUAAAAAUAUCCCAACCAUAAUAGGUAUGCAGCUUCAAAAGCAGCCCAUU